AUGUCUGCGCCAACCGACAGCAAUGUUGUAAAACCCGCGCCCGAAUCCCCUACGACAGCUCGACCGUUUGAAUUGGAUGACGACGAAGCUCAGGAGAAUGUCCCCUUGGGCACCGAUACCACAACAACUGCUACCACACAGAAUACGUCUGGUUCUGACGAGAACCCUCCAGCCAAGCCUCCCCGCCCAUUGACCGAGGAACAAAAGAAUCAGCAGAUUCUGAAGGAAGCGUUUCCCUCCAUCGACCUUACUGUCAUCAAGGCAGUCCUCAGGGCCAGCCGCGGACAGAUCGAGCCCGCCUUCAACGCUCUUCUCGAGAUGACGGAUCCCGAUGCAGUUCAGAACGAUGACGUACCCCCGCCGCCUCCCCCGAGGCCCGCGGCGCAACCCGGCGGUCCUACUUCCACCGAAAGGUCCCAACUGGAGGCUGAUGAGAUAUACGCCCGUCAACUUGCAGAGCAUUUCGAGAGUACCGCCGCGUAUGAGGCCAGAACCGCCAACCGCGGAACUCCGGGCUCUUCUCGUGAGCCCACUGCCGCCCGCGGACCGCACAUGCCUCCGCGCCAUCGGCAGGAGGCGGGCCUGAAGCCAAAUGAGCUGUACAACGACAGGGAGCACAGCUUCAUUGAUGAUGAUUUGCCGGUUAUCAAGGAGAGCUUGCGCAAGGGGUUUAUCGAGACACAGAGCAAGGUCAAUUCGUGGUUCACAACUAUCAAGAAGAAGAUUGACGAGACCUUUGAUGAGGAUGAAAAUGAGCGCCGGCAAAACGAGAGUAAUGCGUUCAUGGGAAGACCAACUCGGAAUCAGCAGCGCAGAAGUGCAGAUUACGACCGUUAUGAUGCUGAUCCGGCCAUCCUCAGCGAUGAUUUUGCGGGCAUGAAGUUCAACAAUGAUGGCACCCCCUACACCGCCCAGAGCACACAUCAGCAGCUGUACGGUAACCCUCAUGCGUUCAGACCACCACCACCUUCCAAGUUGCCCAAGUCCUCAGACGGCAGGAAGGUCUCGUUUAGAGAUACGGUGGAAGACAUCAGCGCCUACGACGCAUCACCGAGGAUGCAGCCCAAGGACAGUGCUGCUGCGGCCCCGGGAAGUAGCAGUGCUGCUGGAUCGGCAACCAAGACAAGCAAAUGGCAGCCUUUGUCGUCAGUUGACCCGAAUCCGAUUGCGGACAAUGAUCCAUUCAGCCUGGGAGACAGUGACGACGAGUUCGAACAAGGUCAUAGGCGUAACCAAUCUGGCAGCAGUCAAAUCAAGAUGGAGGAUAAGACAGCAACGGAUGCGGAUCACGAGAGGUUGAGACAGGCAACGGCCGAUGCCAUGGCUGACAGUUUGGUGGAGGGGGAUAAGACGAAGAAGAGUGAACAGACGAAGUAAAGGAUUACAGGCAGUUGUUCGAGGCAAUAGGAAGUUUGUAUAAUCCGCUUUCAAUCAAGAUACCUUUUAGUCCAUGAAAGAAA